AGUUUUUAGUUAGUACCACAGUUGAGAUAAGGCUUUCUGGGAAACGCAUCCUGGUUGGGCGGCAUUCCAUUUAGAAAUAGCAAUGUACGCCCGGCAGCUGGGACUUUCUUAAAUACUCUAAGAAACGUGGAUAUAUAAAGUCACCCUUGUAAGAUGUCCCUCAUGGCCACAUCUGCCACCCGGUCAUCUGUGUUUACAUUUGAGUCUACGGUGCAUUCCUCCCAUGUGCUGCGCUGCCUGGACGAGCAGCGUCGGCGAGACACCAUGUGUGAUGUUACCGUGGUGGUGGAAGGUCAGAGUUUCAGAGCCCACCGCGCCAUUCUCGCUUCCUGCAGCGAGUACUUGAUGCACAGGAUCUCCUCGUUUUCACAGCACGGAGCGGUCGUCACUCUCCCCAAAGAGGUGACAGUCGCUGGCUUUGAACCUUUGCUGAAGUUUGCCUACACCUCCAAACUUCUCUUUGAGAAACACAACGUGUUAGAAAUACGCAACUCCGCUUCCAUUCUUGGUUUCAACGACCUAGACAAAGCAUGCUUUGAUUUCCUCCUCCCUAAGUUCUUCUCUAGCAGCAAGAGCCCUGCCCCUGUUCCGAGAAAGACCUGUUGUAAAAAGAUAUGCAAGAGGCGACUCUCAAAGGGAGACGGGGCCAUUGACUCUGGCGACGUCUUACUGUUUGAAAAAGAAGUCAAACCGGUUGCUGACUCACCAACUCAGCAGGAAGUCACUGGGAGCCGAGUGGAAAGUCAGAAGGCUGCAGGCGCUCUCACACCUUCGGCGGACGGGCCAAAUGAGCGUUUUACAGUUGCGAUACAGUGUCCCAAGUAUCGCAAGUUCCAGCUGGCUUGUGGAAAGGAGACCUGUGUCCCAGAGAAAAGUCUAAACAAUCCUGUGAUCACGACAGUAAUCAAGAAUGACUGUGAGCGCCCCGCCAAUUCACCCUUCAUUUCCACCGCCCAGAGCAAAGGACGGGCCGAAGAGCCAUGGAAAACUGAACCACACGAUAAGAAAAAGGGGGACGGCAGGGGAGGGGAGGUUGACCCGAAAGAAAGGCAGAGAAAAUGGAACAAGAAGGAGAAAGAGAUGGAAACGGAGGAAGACAUCAGCCCUACAGACGGAGUCAGGGUAGUCCCGUCGGGGCGGAGCGCGUUGCCGGACGACAGGUCAUCGGGGUUAAUGUUGCACCGCUGCCCCAUGGCCGAGUUUGGAGAGUGUCCUGCGAUCACCAGGACACCGGGGCACAAAAGGCCCUCGAUGGACGGCGCAGGAGGACAGAGGGAAUCCGCUGCACCGGCGUCAGGGCGCACUCACCCGAAGGCAGAGGAUCAGGUAGAAGCUGAGCAGAACAGGCCAGGUCACGAGGUACAAACGAUACAAGAAACAGGGAGCAACCAGUGGGUAAAAAACAGUGGAGAGAGGAGCGCCGUGGAAGGGGACGUGUCCGAGCACCUGGCCAAGCAGCUGGGCUUCUCUCAGCAUUUCCAGGACCCUGAAGCCGGCCGUUCCUCUGAUGGGGGAGGGAGCGCAAAGGUGCAGGACACGUCUUUGGAGUGGCUGAAAUACCACAACCUCAGCUCCACGAGCACAGGCUGUCCCUUUUACCAGGAGCUGGACCAGAGCAAGUGUUCAUGGAAGGGAGUAGAGGUGUCGGAGGGCGAGGGGGCGGAUCAAUCAGGUGUAUCUUCCCCCAACUCGGGGGACGAUGGAGACUCAGGGACAGAAACGGAAGGAGACAGCGAGUCCUACACAAGAGAGAGGGCCAGACAGGUGCAGUUGCCUUUCUCUGUAGAGUGGAUCGUGGAUCUGAACAGGAAUGACUUCCAACAGCUGCUGAAGCAACAGGUUUUUACGCAGGAACAACUGGAGUUUGUCCACGAUAUGAGACGACGCAGCAAAAACCGUCUUGCAGCUCAACGUUGCCGCAAGAGGAAACUGGAAUGCAUAAAUGAUCUGCAGUGUGAAAUCAACAAGCUGAAGACAGAGAGGGAGAAACUAAUGAUGGAGAGGAGCCAUUUGAGCCAGCUGAGGAUGAAGACAUGUCACAGUGUCUCUGCAUUAUGCCAGAAGGUCUGCAACGAAGCCAAACUGCAGCCAGAUCAACUCCAGGCGUUUGCCCAAUACACCUCCUCGGACUGCCCUCUGUCGUCUUUAUUUCCUCACAUAGAUUCGUUGGUCUCACAGCCCGACUUUCUACUCAAGCCUCACGCUUCACUCUCGGCCUGUUUUGGCCACCUCGAUAUGUACACGGCCUCCGAGGAGGCUCCGUCCAGCUCCAGAACGGACACAGUAAAAGGUGAUGGUCAACGUUCCACUUUGAGUGCACAUUCAGCACACGUACAUGCCACAAAGGAAUCCUUCUGAGACUGUUCCCGCUCUGCAUCAGACGGUAUUUGUACUUGUGCUGCAUGGGAAGGCGGCGGCACACUUGCCAUGCAUUAAUAAUGAGAGGCCAUAAUCUGCACAAAUUCUCAUCAGCUCUCGCUGCCUGUUCAAUUUGAAACCUAUAACUUAAAUAAAGAAGUCAGGAAUGUAUUGCAGGCGUGCAAAACUUAUCAAUCUACUUCCCAGUCUCUGAUAACCUGCUGUAGCAAAUUUUUCACGUUUUUCAAAUGGAUUAUACUUAGUUUUCUGGUUAAAGCAGAACACAACCUGCUUACAAAUCAAGUCAGCCAGGGUGCAUGAUGAGAAUGUUACAAUUUGAAUCAGAAAUCAUUGUAUACAUCAGGGAACUAAGGUACCUUUAUUUAUAAUGUGCUUCACUGUUUAAUUAUCUCAGGAUAACGCGCUUCCUCUUUACACAUGUCUACUUUAAUUGUUUAACUUUUUUAUAUAGAUUAUCAGGUGUUAAUAGGAAACUUCAGCACUCAAUACCUCUUGCAGUGUUGGUUCCCGCUUUAGAGUGCAACACAUGACAGCAUUUUGCACUAAAACCAUGCAACGCAGCAACCAUUAUGUGCGAUGUUUACCUAAGGGCCGUGUGUCUGGCUGAGAUACAUCAGACUGUCAUUGUGGUCCUCUGACCACAGUGACACAGCUCUCCUUGUUUGCACACCCCUCGCAGAGCUCAGCAUUGACUCACCUAAACAGACCUCACAAAUUGACCUAAUAUGUUUUAAGUGCAGUCUAUUACACUGGACAGAAAAAAUCAGCUAUACUUUCAGCAGAACCGCUGCCUCAUUCAGUGUGAUGAAAAACAUGCACAUGUGUCUCUCACUUUGAGUCUGCACUGUGUUUUUGACUUUGACUCAUAUACACUAUGCUAAGACAAUAUUCUAUGUUACCCAGCAAUAUUGAAUUACCUGUGAAAACCCUUAUCUAAAUUACUGGUAUGGGUCUAGUGAACAAUGUAGCACUAACCUGCAAAACAAGAACAGAUUAGAAGAAUAGAUUGUGUGUUUCUCGUAUUAUCAACACCCCAAUAAUGUUAAUUAAUUCUUUACUUAAUGUUUUGUAUUUGUUUGGACUUUUACCUUGAGCCUGUCCCCUGGUUUCCCAAGACUCAAGUUUGCAACCUUUUCCUGAUCAAAUUUCACUCUAUCAUAUUUGCAUAUAUUAGUUUAUUUCCACCCAUGAUAAUCACAACAGUUCAAAUAUUAAAUUAGAAGUUUGACAUUGAUUUUGGUGAAAUGGCGAGUGAUCACAACGUUUCUGGAGGGAGUGGUGAUUACUCAGGUUUUUUUGAUGAUGUCUUUUUUCUGUCGCUGAAGUUCAUUCACUCAAAGCGUAAUGGAUGAUGAUGCUGGUGCGUGUUGCCCUCUAGUGGCACUGCCUGUGCAGUCAUUAGACUUAGAGCUGUAUAGCACAUACAUAUUAUAGUUUUAUUACUUAUACAUCUUUCUAUAAUAAUCUCAGAUUUUUUUACAGAAAAUAAAAUGCUUCAAACUGUUGAAUAUGUUUACCUC